GCAAUUGUCUUGUCGAUCAAAUGUCAUGUCUAAAAAUAUAUAACCAUAUAUUUGGCAUUUGGCAAUAGCUAGCAGAUCGAACAGCCAAAGUAGUGAAACAUAUUGUGAUGGAUCCUAACAAAAAGAUGUCAAAGAUCAACGAAGAUAACAACAACCCAACUCAUGAAGAUCAAGCCUCGGCUAAAUAUAUCAAGUUGAAUAUUAAAAACCAGGAGGGAGAAGUAGUAUUUUUUAAGGUCGGGCGCCACACACGGUUCAGAAAGCUGAUAAACGCCUACUGUGACCGAGAAUCAGAAGGACUAGUCAUCUAUGCAUUCUUGUUUAAUGGACGCCGUAUUCGACCCGAGCAGACUCCAGAUGAGCUACAUAUGGAGGAUGGGGACGGGAUCGAUGCCAUGAAGCACCGUGUAGGAGGAGGAUGGGCAAAAGAUCGACACACAUGAAUUUUUCGAUCUGUACUUUCGUUGUUAACAUCUAACGGCAAUAUAUCUGAAAAGGCGAAGGAAGUGGCGGCGGCGCAUUAAAGAAAGAAAUAGUGGAGGAUGGUGGACGUACUGAAGAUGUGUAGAGAAGGUAGAGAAGAUGGCGACGUCUCAUUCCGGAAGACGGUUUGUUUUUCAGAUAAAAAUGGACCAAGAAAACCAAAUGUGUAACAUUUAUUUAUUUACUUAAUUACUAUUCUAUUUUUUUUUCAAAAGUUGCAUGAAAUGGAUAUAGUAGAGUGCCCCCGAUGGUUGACACCUAAUCUUAUUAUGAAUGAAUACAUUCACAUUUGGCAC